AUGAAAGAUAUUGUAUUUAACGUAAAAGCACAAAGUGCAAAAGAUAAACUAAGCAAGAACCUUUUCAUGUGUGGUUAUGUCUUCAUCGUCAAAAUAGAACAAAAACGUUUAAAACAAAGUCACAUCAGCAAAAAAAGAAAAAAUUCCUUGAACCAUUUCUUCGACAUCUUCAGUCUCACUUUAUUAUCCCAGAGGAUUAUGCAUUAA